AGGCCCGGCCCCCUCCUCUCUCCUCUCUCUCUCUCUCUCUACCUGCUUCUUCUACGACCUUCGUCUUCCCCCGCCAUCCACCGCACCAGAGAGAGGACAACACCGAUCGACGAUGGCGGCGAUUCGCCAACGAUCGCUUCCCUCCACGAAAUGAAACGAUCCCUCCGACCCCCCGCUUCCUCUCCAGAGAUGGACACUGACGAGUGGGAGCUCCUCGCCGUCGACGGCCUCCUCGACUUCCACGACGACGGCCACGGCGGCCGCGUCUACUCCCGCCGCCGGAGCUGCCACUCCGAGAGCGUCCUCGACAUGGACCACUUCCGCUGCCCCUCCCCGCCGGCGGCCCGGAUCGUCCCCGCCGCGAUCGGCCUCGGCCCGGAGGCGCCUCCGGCGGGCGAGGGGAUCGCCGGCUCGCCCGCUGUGGAGGCCAAAGCUCCGAGCGUGGGAGGAUCGGGAUCGGGCUCGGAGCGAGAGGGGGUGUCCCGCCCUGUCUUCUUCAAGAAGGCCGCGAGGGACAAAAACGAAUUCGUCGACAUGACAGUGGGGGAUGCGGCGGUGGCGGAGAGGGAGAGCCUGUGCUCGCCGCCGAGGAUGAGGGGCGAGAGGGAGGCGGCGGCUGCGGCGGCGGUGAAGGGCGAGAACGACGCCGAGUGUGAAGCGGGAGGAGAGGUCCUGUGGGAAGAGAAGAGGAGCGAGAGUAAUGCGGUGAACAACAUACUGAAGAGGGGCUUCACCGGGAUCGGAGCUCUGUGCUCGUUCGGGGUGGCCGCGGCGGCGACGUUCUGCGUCCUGAUUCUCGGAAGCCGCCAGGGGAACAACAACAGGCGGAGCCAGCCGAAGCAGAACCUGCGCUUUCAGAUCUACAGCGAUGAUAAGAGGAUUGAGAAGGUCGUCCAUCAUGCUACCAAACUGAACGAAGCGAUAUCUGCAGUGAGAGGAGUCCCUCACACCCGUGCUCACAUCAUUGUUGGUGGCUAUUAUGAUGCCCUUUGAAGUGGGACGCAAGAGGUCUCAGGAUGGGAUCCCCUGUACAGUAGCAUUUCAAAUUUCUAGUAUCUUAUAGUAAAUCAGAUAUGCCAUGGUUGUAUAUAUUCUGUACGGCAUAUCGUUGAUUGUAUGAUUAUCUGCAACAUCGAAGUCCGCACUCGGCGAGAUUUCUAGUGCUGUAUGUUGGGAGCUGAUCUUAAGCUAUAUCCCUGCUGGAAAACGCAUCAGUCCAGCCUUCAGUUUCAUGUCAACAAGUCAUAAAGCUGUCGUAUAAUAUUUGGAGGUUGGAGGCAUCUCCCUGUUGCUUUGAUGACUCACGCUAGAGGAAAGUUUAGUGGGACGUGAGUUGGCAAUGUUUCUUUAUGGUCUGUUGUUGGCAUGUUGACUCUUGCUGUUUAAGCAAUGAUCAUGCGUUGCAUAAAAGCUUGUA